CGGUCACACUGGCCCAUCAGCUGGCCCCGUUACACAAGCAGCCGCACUAAAUCGUUUGUUUUCCCUAAAAUAUUAGUUAAUAUAUCAAUUAAAACACAACCAUGCCGUUUAUGAAAGGACGCGAGCCCAUUCGGCGCACUUUGAAGUACCUGAAUGCGGGCAAGCUGGUGCUGAAGGACAACGUGCGCAUCUUUAGCGUCAACUACAACACCUACGGCGACCAUCAUGCGGGAGCCCGGGACUUUGUCUUCUGGAACAUACCGCAAGUGCAGUUCAAGAACCCGGAUGUGCAGGUGCUCACACUAAAGAAUAUGACACCGUCGCCGUUUGUACGCUGCUACUUUGAGGACGGCCGGGACAUGCUAAUCGAUGUGGACAGCCGUAACAGAGAUGACAUUAUCGAGCACCUCAUCCAGGUGGUGGGCAAGACGCGGGAGCAACUGAAUGCUGAGACGCGUCUGAAGGAGAGUAAGGACAAUCCGGCCAAUUUUGGCUACGGCUGCGGCAGGCAUUGCAUCUGCGAGAUUCCCGGCCAGGUGCCAUGCCCAGGCACUGUUCCGCUGCCUGAUCACAUGCGCGGCAAGAUCAAGUUUGCCCCCAAGUAGACAUAGGUUUAUAUUUUUGCGUCAUUUUUUUUAAUAAAUAAAUUGUAAAUUACACCUGCAA